AUGCGCUCCAUAACUGAGUACCUAGGUGGCGCGAAUCUCUGCCCUACUACGCCCCAUCCAAUCACCGGUGAAACGGUUCCACUUACCUUCGGGCAUGAGUUCAGCGGCACAGUGGAAGAGGUUGGUGAUGGUGUGACUGACUACAAGCCCGGAGACAGGGUCGUCAUCCAGCCUAUCAUCUACGAUGACACCUGCGGCGCAUGCGAGGAAGGUCUGCAGAACUGCUGUUGGUCUAAUGGCUUUAUUGGCCUGUCGGGUUGGGGCGGUGGUCUUGCAGACCACAUUGUUGUCCCAACUUCUACCCUUUAUCAUCUCCCUGAUAACGUACCACUUGAGAUCGGCGCCCUCGUCGAGCCUCUCGCUGUUGGCUGGCAUGCUGUCAAGAUCAGUCCCUUCAAGAAAGGCGAGGUUGCAUUAGUCUUAGGCGGUGGACCUAUCGGUAUCUCGACGAUACUAGCACUGAAGGCGAACGGGUGCGAUAGGAUCAUUGUUUCUGAAGUAAGCAGAAAGAGGCAAGAGUUCGCAAGGAAGUUCGGAGCGCACUACAUCAUCGACCCAACCAAAGAAGACCUUGCAAAACGCUGUCGCGAGCUCACUGGAGGCAAAGGUGUGCACGUAGUCUACGAUUGUGCUGGUGUCCAGGCGGCUCUCAAUCAGGCUGUCCACGCUACCCGUGCCCGGGGUUGCAUCGUAAACAUCGCCAUAUGGGAAAAGCCUUGCACUAUUUUCACCAACGACUUCAACUUCAAGGAGCGGACAUAUAUGGGUAUCGCAACUUAUGAGAUUGGCGACUUCCAGGAAGUCAUAGACGCGCUGAGUAGAGGGGACAUGGAUCCGAAAGAGAUGAUCACACAGAGAAUUGGCUUGACCGAGGUCGAAGAGAAGGGCUUCAAGAGUUUGAUUAAUGACAAGGACAACCAGGUCAAGAUCUUGGUAGAGGUCGGUGGAGGUUCGUAG